CAUGCGCCGCUCCCACGCUAUGGUGUAUGACGGACUCACUAGCGCACCACAGCUCCUGUGCUAGCACUCGCCUAACUUCAGUAAGGCGUCACUAGAACCCUUGCCCUCGCCGUUUAAGGAUCGUAGCAGGUCCCAUUUAAGGGGGUGAAGCCGGGACAUGGACACGACAGAAAACGUGGCGACACCGACUCAUCUAUUCGAAGGGCUCUCGGACUUGCAGAAGAGAGAGAUUGCCGGGAGGUGGCACUUGAAGGAUCGCCUUAUCCAACUGCCAAGGGCCCAUCACACGACAGCAGUGCCGCGUCGUAAAAGAAGACGAGAUUUUGCUGGAAGGAAGUGUGAGCCUAGUGAUAUAUUGCACUGACGAUGUGUGCCUUCGUUUCGCCUUGGAAGGCAACGUUCGGCUAUCUGCAGAACCCAAAUGGCCCAGCUCAAACCAAUCAGGGCUGAGUUGGGUAAAAUCCAUCCCCGCAAACGCAGGGCCUGCGACUGUGAAAGCCAGGGAAAUCCGGGAGGAUCCAGGCUGGAGAGACGCCAAGAUGCAAACCCACCUGCCGUUGAUUUUGUCAGGCCGCCCGCCAAGGGAUCUACAAUCGCCUGCCGAUCAUACAAGGAACGUCAGGACCCGGAUCGUCAUAAGAAGGAGAUAUAUAAACACCUCGACGGCCCACCGUGCGUGCACGCGCCGAAACAAAGAGACAUGUGCCAACGUGGGCAUUGCGGCAUGUUAGAUUGGGCGGACCGGACAAAACAGCCCUGCGAAGCCCAGGUCUUCUGGAUAGAGACUGCGGGGUGUGCACAGUAUGGGAUGUCUUGACGCAGGAACCCGACCUGGCGAGCCUCAACGUUGGCAUCACGUCUGGGUUGGAGCGUGCUGACGCCCUGCCGAAUCAACCGUUACGGACAUCCAAAUGAUAGCGAAAGUCACAUAAGAAUACGGGGAUGUGCAAUCCUCCCAUUUCAAGCAAACGUGAAUCUGCAGCGUCAGAUACAGAACUGAUGAUUGUGACGAGAAUAUCUCGAGCGGCGGCUCGUCUAUUUUGCU